UUUCAGUAGAUGUGGUGUGGUGUGUGUGAUGUCAUGCUGUCAUGCUUCAAAGAAUUUCAUCAUUUGUGCGGUUAGGUCGCAUAGGAAAAAGUUUGUGUGACAAUUCUCAUAAUAUAUUUAGUCCUAGAUUUCAAGUCUUAAGAAAAAUGUCUUAUUCCAUAGUAGAGAGAGGAUCUCCGUUCUCAGCCGAUUAUAGAGUUUAUAUCGAAGAUCAAAAUGGUCCCAUCUCACCUCUUCAUGACAUUCCAUUGUUAGUGGAUGGCAAGCCUAAGGUUUUCAAUAUGGUUGUAGAAGUUCCCAGGUGGACAAAUGCAAAAAUGGAGAUUACGAUGAAAGAAAUUCUUAACCCAAUCAAACAAGAUAUCAAGAAAGGCAAACCUAGGUUCGUUUCAAAUUGUUUCCCCCACCAUGGAUAUAUCUGGAACUAUGGUGCUCUACCCCAAACUUGGGAAAAUCCUGAACAUCUUGAUGAUGGCACAGGUUGCAAAGGUGACAACGAUCCCAUUGAUGUCAUAGAAAUUGGUUAUCGAGUUGCAAAACGUGGGGAAAUCUUGAAUGUAAAGAUUUUAGGAACUCUUGCUUUAAUUGACGAAGGUGAAACUGAUUGGAAACUCAUUGCCAUUGAUGUAAAUGACCCAUUGGCAGAUCAAAUCAAUGAUGUUCCAGAUGUAGAAAAACAUUUCCCAGGACUUUUGAAGGCUUCUGUGGAAUGGUUCAAAAUAUACAAGAUUCCAGACGGCAAGCCAGAAAAUCAAUUUGCUUUUAACGGAGAAGCUAAACCAGCUGCAUUUGCGCAUAAGAUUGUAGAUGAGGUACAUAAAUUCUGGAAAGGUCUUGUUGCAAAAGAAGUAGACGCUAAAGGAAUUUCAUGUGUAAAUACAACACUAGAAGGAAACUCGUUUAAUAUUAGCUACAAUGACGCCAAAGAAGUUAUCGAAAAGACUCCAGAAUAUGGCCCAGCACAACCUAUUGACCCAAUUGUUCAUAAAAUAUACUUUGUUGAACGUUCAUACCAAAGCAAGCUUUAAUUUAGUAGUCGACAAAUGGCACUAUGUUCAUCUAAAGUAAACAAAUGGAACACAACUGAAUCAUGUUGCAUUUAGGUUAUGGAUGGAGAUAGGCACACAACUUUCCUAUGUUUUAUUAAAUAAAUAGUUUAAAAAAUA